AUGACCACGGAAACCCCAGUUCCGUUCUUUGUGCCAGGCAAAAGCGCCAUCAUUACCGGCGCCGGAUCUGGUAUUAACCUCGCGUUCGCUGCUCUCCUACUCAAUCGAGGAUGCAACGUCGUCUUUGCCGACCUGAGCCUCCGCCCUGAAGCAGAGGUCUUGAUCUCACAGUACGGCGGCCGAGAAAGAAGCCCCCGGGCCGUGUUCGUCAGAGCAGAUGUGACGCUCUGGGCCGACCUUCGUCGCAUGUUUGAGGUGGCCGUCAGCGAGUUUGGUAGCUUCGACAUUGUCUGUCCCGGAGCGGGGGUCUUCGAGCCGUCUUGGUCGAACUUCUGGCACCCUCCAGGGUCACCGGAGAGCAAGGAUAGUAUUGAGGGCAAUAGCUACGCGUUGCUUGACAUCAACGUGACGCAUCCAAUUCGGACGACUCAGCUCGCGUUACAGCUCUGGCUUCACCCGCCUCAGUCUGGAAGCAUGGCCUACCCGUCGCCAGAGAGAGUGUCGGUUCAGAACCCCAAGCGAGUGAUUCUCAUCUCAUCAAUUGCAGCGCAGUUACCUGCCUUUCUAGCGCCGCUUUAUGGAGCAUCAAAGUAUGCGAUCAGCGGCUUUACCCGCUGCCUGGCCCCUCUGGAGCCGAAGCUGGGAGUGCGUGUCAACGCCGUGGCGCCGGGUCUGGUCCGUACGCCUCUGUGGACCGACAAUCCAGAGAAGCUGGCCUACAUUGACGAGGAAAAGGACGGCUGGGUCACCCCCGAAGAGGUCGCGCGUGCGAUGCUGGAUUGCGUCGAAAAGGACUCUCUCGUGGGAGGAACAGUUCUCGAGGUCGGCAAGAACACCACCCGGCCUGUCCUUGUAUUCAACGACCCCGGACCAAACAUGACCCCAGGCGCAGGAAUCAUAGCUAGCAACGUAGCGCAAGCCGUGGACGUGGUGUGGGACCGGCUGGCCGAUGACAGCAUUUGGGCAGCUCUCUGA